GCCAUCUGAUCGGGUUAAUCCCAUCAUUGGUGCUUUCAUUGAGAGCAUACUGUGAGAUAAGGCUGUGAGAUUAUGGCCGGACGAAGGACGAGACGUAACCCUGCUACUUCUGCCCAGUCGACGGUGAGGAGUGACAACCCUGAGCAAGGUAUGAUUGUUCCUGUCAAUGGGUUGGAAACAGCGCUAAAUAAUGUGGCUAACAUGAUGGCCAACAUUAUGGAGCGAUUGGAUAAGGCUCUUCCAGUUCCAUCCGGAACCCGGGAUAUCCCACCCGGGCAACCCCGCCAGGUCCUGCGUACUGCGAGUUCUCCUAUCCUACAGGAGCUCCACGACCCGGAGGAGGUUGAAAGGGAAAGGCGAGCCAUUGACAGACGCCGGGCGGAGGAAUUGGCCCAGAACAACAAGGUGAACGAAGGCCAGGCUAAGGAUCCAAGCCGGAUCUUCGGCGAUGGACACGAAAAUCCGCGGGGAUGUGUCUUUGAAAGGAUAUCUCGCCAGAAAGCUCACGUUAGUGAGAGGCUGGGGAAGAAUCCGAAAAAGGCACCCCGGGGUUGGAUACGACCUCAGGCUAGCCACGUGGCAUCCUCCAAUCGCGAACCCCGGCAGCGAAAUGACCGAGGCGUGAGCCAAGUGCCGGUCCUGUCGUUGCGGAAUCUGGAGGAGGACAAGGUUCAAAGCCAAGCCAGGGUCCCAGCACCACGGCGUCUGGGACCGCCGGUGCCAGAAGCUGGUGAAUUUCAAGACCUGAGACAGCAGAUCCAGGAGAUGCAGAGGAAGAUAAACAAGGGUCGAGUAUUCACUACUCGAACGAAUACUCCCUUGGCUCCAGAGAUCUUUGCGGAACCAUAUCCGCAGGGGUUCAAAAUGCCAUUUGUCAAGCGUUAUGACGGUGAAUCAGACCCCCAAGAGCACAUAAAUAGCUAUGUCCAAGUGAUGAUCGUCGUGGACGCCAGUGACGCACUCAUGUGUCGGUGCUUCUUGCAGACCGUUGAUAGCAAGGUUGCAGACUGGGUCAACCAUAUCCCUGCCGGAUCAGUCCGAACAUGGGAUGAAUUGGGACUACGGUUCCUAGAGCAUUUUGCUGGGAACUGCCGCCCCAAAAAGCAUUUCACUCACUUGGCAUCAGUGCGACAGAAGCAUGGAGAAUCCUUAAAGAAUUUCCUUAUCCGAUGGAGGUUGAAGGAACUGAUGAUAAGUCCAGAAGCGAUGGUCCGGGCUGGGAGGUAUGUGACCCUGGAAGAAAGAAAGGAGGAGAAGAAAGAGAAGACUCCUAAAGAAGAAGAGAAGUCGGGAACUAAGAAGCCGUUUAAGAAUAAAAAGCAGGGCUUCCCGGAUGGCCCAAAGGGCGCAAGUCCUGGGACCUCGGAGAAUCAUAAAUCUGCCAAUCCAGUCUUUACACUGCCAGUGGCUGAGGUCAUGGCCCAUGCAGCACAGCAGGGGCUCAUGACUUACCCAACUUAUUCUCAGAAGGUUUGCAAUGUGGAAGACUCUGGAAAAUGGUGUGCUUACCAUCGCAAAAAUGAUCACAACACAGAAGAUUGUUAUACUCUGAAGAAUGAGAUGGCAAGGCUGAUCCGUCGGGGUCAUCUGAAGAAGUUUGUACAAGAUGGUGACGCCGGGAAUCCCGGGAAUGCUCAGAAUGGAAAACGCAGAGAUAAAGAAGUAGCCCAGGCUGAGGCCCGGGAGAAACACCACAUUGGGCUUGAAGAUGAAGAUGAGGAUUCGGAACCCGCACCGCAUCGCCAGAAGAGACACCACGGGUGUAACUUCAUCAUUGGAGGAAACACUGGCGGAGAUUCAGCCCCGAGCCGGAAGAAAUGGGCUAACGCGGCAAUGGUCAACAAGGUGCUGGUCCCGGAAGGUAAGAAGUUGAAAACCGAGCCUAUUGUGUUUUCUAAUGCUGAUCUUCCAGAGACAGGGGUCCCUCAUAGGGACGCCCUGGUAAUUACUAUCGAUAUAAUGGACUUACUAAUCCACAAAACCCUUGUGGAUACGGGAAGCUCCAUUAAUAUCAUGUAUAUGGACACAUACAAGGCUCUCGGUUUCACAAGAGAUGAAUUAUCACCCAUCAAGACUCCACUAACCGGGUUCACUGGUGACUCUAUUGAACCGGAGGGGGUAAUAACCCUCCCGGUUGAGAUAGGCGAUACUAAGGCAACUCGGAAGCUAGACAUGGAGUUUGUCGUGGUGGGGAUAAUCUCCAGCAUAAAUAUUAUCCUGGGCAGACCCGGAUUGGAAGAUUUGGAGUGUGUCAUUUCACCUCGUCACCUGUGCAUAAAAUUCCCAACCCCUCAUGGAAUUGGAAUCGCCAGGGGAUCGCAGAGGGUAUCCCGGGCAUGGUAUUUGAAGGCAACCAAACAGCCGGUCAAGUACGAUACCCAAGUGGGAGAGGUGACUGCACAGCUCCUGAGGGCUGAGGAAAAACGUCCCAGAGUAGAAGUUGCCGGCGACAUUGAGGAGGUGGAACUGGAGCCAUGCACGCCGGGAAGGUUUGUCAGGAUUGGUAAGGGCCUGGGGGCUGAACUCAGGUCACGGGUGAUUUCAGUCCUCAGGAGGUUCAGAAGGGUCUUUGCAUGGAGUCCAGCUGAUAUGCCAGGGCUGGAUCACAAGAUUGCUGUUCAUCGCCUAAAUAUUCUGCCGGAUGCCAAACCGCUGGCAGAGAAGGCGCACCCAUUCUUCGCGGUGAUCAAGAAGAAGGCGACCUUUGAAUGGACACCGGAAUGUCAAGAAGCAUUUGAAGAAUUAAAGAGAUAUCUCACAAGUCCGCCAGUUUUAUCCAAGCCGGAACCUGGGGAUAUUCUGACUCUAUAUUUGGCGAUUGCGGACUGUGCCAUAAGUACUGUGAUCGUGAGAGAAGAGCAUGGGGCCCAACAUCCGGUCUACUACGUCAGCAAGACCCUGAGAGAUGCAGAGUUAAGGUAUUCUCGUCCGGAGAAGGCCAUGUUGGCGGUCUUCUGGACGGCGAAGAGAUUGACCCCGUACUUUCAGGCUCACCGAAUUAUUGUUCUCACCAAUGAGCCAUUGGCGUUGCUUAGCCGGAGCCCGGCAGCAUCGGCCCGGAUGACCAAGUGGGUGGUCUUUAUCAGUCAGUACAGCGUGGAAUUCAAGCCGCGCCCAUCAAUCAAGGGGCAAGCACUCGCCGAUUUUCAAGUCGAGUGCACCGCUAGGGAAAUGACAAGAGCCCAGGAUGAAACCCGGAUGGAGAAAGACUGGUGGAUAAUGAGCAUCGACGGAUCUUCUGGGUCUCGAUCUUGCGGAGCAGGUGUCGUCUUGAUCACCCCAGAACAAUUCCGGAUUUAUUACGCUAUCAGAUUUCAGUUCCGCGUAUCCAAUAAUGAAGCUGAGUAUGAGGCCCUGAUCAAUGGGGAGUUUGAAGCAAAGGAAGAGAGGAUGAAGAAGUACCGGGACUUGUCUCUAGAGAUGUUGGGAAGGUUUGAGUUUAAGCUUGAACAUAUACCCCGGGCCCAGAACGCAGAGGCCGAUGUUCUAUCCAAGCUCAGCGCAGAAUCACCGGAAUACAUAAGCAGAUUAGCAACUAUCGAAGAGCUGGUAACCCCGAGUCUUAACAGCAGCGAAGUGCUCUGGGAUGGAAUCCUCUAUAAGCGAUCCUACAACAGUGUCUUGCUCCGUUGCCUCAGGGCAACAGAGGCGAAGGCAUUGAUGGAAGAAAUACAUAAAGGGGUAUGUGCUGCACAUCAGGGUCCAUACUCCAUUUCCAGAAGGACUAUUAUCCAGGGGUAUUUCUGGCCAACGAUGAGGAAGGAUUGUGAAGAAUAUGUGCGCAAGUGUCCGAACUGCCAACAGUUCCAGAAUAUACCCGGGAGGCCAGCCACAAACUACACACCCAUCAGCUCUGUGAUUCCCUUUUCAAGAUGGGGAAUCGAUAUUGUGGGAGCCCUGCCAAAAGGAGCGGGGCAGGCAAGGUCGAUUGUGGUCGCGAUAGAUUAUUUCACAAAGUGGGUAGAGUCUGAGCCACUUGCGGGGAUCACCGGAAGGCAGAUGAUUGACUUCGUUGGAACCAAUAUACUCUGCAGGUUUGGGGUCCCGAAGCAGAUCAUAUCAGAUAAUGGAACCCAGUUUGAGGAAGCAGAAUUUCAAGACUUCCUCAAAACUUGGGGAAUUCAGCACACGAAGGUGUCUGUUGCGUAUCCUCAAGCUAAUGGACAGGUGGAGAAUGUCAACAGAACAAUCAUAGACGGAAUAAAGAAGAAGCUACUUUCAGAAGGAACCAAAUGGGUAGAUGAACUACCCAGAAUCCUGUGGACAUAUAGGACGACUCCAAGGAGAGCCACGGGUGACACUCCUUUUGGUUUGGCUUAUGGUUUUGAAGCCCGGGCUCCCGCCGAAGUAGUAAUCCCCACCAGGAGAGAAACGGAAUAUGACCCGGAGGUGAAUGAACAGAAUCAGGCCGUAGAGCUGAAUUUCGUAGAAGAACGAAGGGAUGAAGCACGCAUCCGGGCAGAAAAUUAUCGUCGCCAGGUGAAAUCUUACUUUGAUAGCAAGGUGAAACCAAGGGCAUUCCAGGUGGGGGAUUAUGUUCUGAGGAAACGAGAGAAGAGUCAACCAACUAAAGGUGGGAAGCUGGCAAAGAAGUAUGAAGGACCUUAUAUCAUCAAGGCCGUAGUUUGCCCAGGUACCUACAAGUUGGUGACUCUCAAGGGGAAAGAAAUUGAUAAGACAUGAAUGUAGAGCACUUGGUCAAAUUUUAUCAGUAAAUCAUUUUGUAAAAA